UCCAGGGAAACCCAGGAGAUAAACUAAAGACAAACCACCUCUAUCUGUUUCUGCAGCCGCUGAACUCCUGAAGCUUUCUCCAACUGCAAACAAGACACCAAACUGUGACACGAUGAAAGUGGCUGUUGUUUUCAUUCUGCUCUUCGCCACAGUCCUCUGCCGGCCGGCAAGAAAAGUGUCUGACAGCAGUUCAGACAGCUCUGAAGAAGUGGUGAGACAACCAGCAGCUCCAGCCGUCCAGACAGAGGCUGAUGCAGCACCUGCUCAGAACGUCGUGGCAGCAGCCGCCGGCUCAGACGAGAGCAAAGAGAGUUCGGACGAGGACGAGCUGGCUGCAGCGGACACAACCUCCUCUUCAGAUACAGCCUCUGUCAACAGUGACGACAGCGAUGACGAUGAUGAUGAAGCAGAGGAAGCUGACACUGAUGAGGAUGAUUCCAGCGACAGCUCAGAGUCAGGCGAGUCCUCCACCCCGGCUCCCACGACUGCCAGCCCUGUGAUCAUCACAGAGGAGCCCGUGAUUGAAACCACCGUGUCUCCCAUCGAGCCAACCAUCGUCACCGACACUGAAACAGCCCGUGGUGACAACUAUGGGGGCUACCCCGGUGACUACAAAUCCAUCGUCUACGUGGAGGACAAAUCCUACCACAAGGUUCCUGCUCCCUACAAGUCCUACGAGUUUGUCGGCGCAGGAAAGAAGAUGGCCUACGACAUGACCGAUGGCAACGAGGUGGAGAAGUCACUGAAGGUGUACAAGGCCCUUCAGGUCCACUCAGACAUCCUGGAGGAGGACACCAGCACCCCUGAGGUGGAGAGCCAGGGUCUGGAUGCCACCUCUCAGGACCAGGCCAUCAGCCCCCGCCAGGCAUCUCUUCCAGAGGAGGCGACCGCUAGCACCAGCGAAGCCAGUGCCAGUGACGCCACCGCCAGCGAGAGCGAAAGCUCCAGUGCCCCACAGGAAGAGGAGGAAGAAGACAGCGCCAGCACUGCGAGCGACAGCGCCAGCACCAGCCAGGAGUCUGAGGACGAGGAGAGUCAGAGCAGCGAGGAGGCCACGGCCACGCCUGGAGCCGCCGACAGUGACUCAGAUGAGAGUGACAGCAAAGAGAGUGAUUCAGAUGAGCAGGGGGCGGGACCUGACACCACCACUGACAUGCCGGUGGUCAUUACUGCCAAAUAAGCCCCACCCAUCCAUGUCACAUUCACAUUAAGAGCGCAUGCUGCAUCCAGGUGCAAAAAGCCCCCUCCCAAGCUACUUUCCACUGCGGGGUCAAACAGGGACAGACGAGGCUUAAUUAUUAUCGAUUUUAAUGUGUUCAGCCAAUAUUUCUUUUGCACCAUUUGUGAAGCAGAAAUGAUUUUUCUGAGCAGUUAUAUUUAAAUAAACUAAGUCUUUACAACCUGUGGUCUAGUCACAUUGAUAAACCCCAUGUUUGACCCCGCAGGGGAAAAGUGGUUGACGCAACUUUAAAGGAUGUUGAAGCUGACGACUGCUACCUGCAACAGGAGGUUGACUGACCUCAUGACCUUUGUCCCACCCCCUCUCCCUGCUGUUACUGCAGGGUGAAAGGUCAAAACUGGAAAAGAACAAAGAAACAAAGUUGGGUCCUGAUAUCUACACCAGCACAACCCUGCAUUUAAUCAUGAAUUAAUAACUGCAAUAUGCACACCUAUGUUGUUUUUUGCUUAUGAAACGAGAGAAAGUACAGUUUAUUUAAAUAUUUGUAAUCAUUUCAAGCAUAAUAAAAUCUAAAGUUGACUUGAAGUCAUACAUGUGCUGCCUGUGUGGCUAAGCUUUGUUGCUCGCUAGUUUCACAUCUGCUGGUGUAGAUAGAGGAACUCACCAUCCGGUACUGGGUUCAAUCAGGUAUAGAUGCAGAACACAGAUACAAUCAACACAGCCCAGUUCAUUUGCACAGUUCUUACCUACA